UUAUUUACCUGUAUAAAAUGAAGUUGUAUUUUGAUUAUAAACCUUGACGUCUAUGAUUUUUAUUCAUUCUAAUUUUCAAAUAUCGUUGAAAUUUUCUUUAUAAAAAUGGGCGAAUCGGUAGAACAAUCCAUGGAAGCAUGGUCCUUUACAAGUUUGUAUAAAUAUAAAGGCAAAAAUGUAGAACUGUCCCAACAGCAAAGAAGAGAGAAAUUUCUUGAAGACCAAAAACAAAAAAGGCAUGAAGUUACAGAUAGCAAUAGGAAUUUAUGUGAAGAUUUUCUUAGUGAAUUACAUCUACAAGAGGAACAAAUGGAAUGUGAUGAAUUAGAGCAACCGAGGAAGAAAAUUAAAUAUAAAUUAAUGCAGUCUGAAUGGUUCACUGAUAUCCCAGAUGAUCUAGAAGAAAACUGGUUAGCUAAAUUAUGUCCCCAAGGUUUCCGAGUAUUAUUUAUUGCUCAAAAUAAUAAAACAAUAGUAUCCACAGAAGGUAGGAUUAUUUUAAAUAUACAAAGUAAUUUCCCUGGCGGAGGAGGGAUCGAAAGUCGUGGAGGAAUUACGAUUUUAGACUGCAUAUUUAAUAGAUCUACUAAAACAAUAUUUGUCCUGGACUGUUUGUUUUGGAAUUCGAUGUCUAUGUUAGAUAGUGAGGCAAGUUUUAGAUUUUUUUGGUUAAAAACCAAAUUUAAUGAAAGUCCAUCAUUACUAAACUACAAAAAAUAUAAUUUCUCGCUAUUAGAAGUUUUACCAGCUCAUAGAUCACUAAUCCAAGACAAAAUGUUUACACUUUUAUCCGUUGGAGAACAGAAGUAUCCGUAUGACGGUGUGGUUUUUUACCACAAAGAAUCUAACUAUACCUUCGGUUAUACACCACUGGUAGCUUGGUUAGCCUCCUACAUGUUACCUGAAAAAUUGCACAUAGACGUUUCACCAGAAAAUAUGUUUAGAAGGCCCAAAGACUACGUUUGCAUGGAAACGUACCUUGAAAACUUGAGUAAGAGAAAAAAAUUAAGAUAUAACUCGAAACAACACAAGACUAAUUCGCAAAUGGAGACUCAGUAAUGAAUUCAACUGAAUGUAUAUUGUGUGGGUGUCCCUGAAGAUCUUCGACACUGAUCACAAAAUCAGAUGACUUAAGAGACAGAUGAUUUCAACACAUUCAAUGCUGAAAAUAUAUCCGUUUUACUCGAAAUCUGCAACUGUUGUAAAAAUUUUGUUAGAAAAUUCUUUAAAAAAUAAUUUUGUUUUAAAAAAUAUGUACAUUGACCAAUAGGGCACAGCCCUGAAAAUAUGACAUUUAAAUGAAUGCCAUGUAAUAAAUUUUGACCAAAAUAAUAUUGAAGUGCCAUUAAAAAAUAUUGACUGUAUAUUGCCAAGUUGGUCAAAAUUUUGGUUCCAGGAUUCUGUUCGGGGUGUCCCAACUUUUCUGACACCUUGUAUAUGAAAUUCAUAAAUUAGUUUUUUUAUUUAUUUACAAUUUUAUGUGAUGUUUGUGUUUGUUUUUGUGUAGCUAAGAUAAUGUAA